AUGAACUACACGUUGAUCGUGGCUGCUCAGACAGCCUACAUCUUCAUCAGUCUCUGCCUUUAUACGCUCAUUUUCGUAUACAUACUCUGGUCCAAGGAUUCUGAAUUCAAAACCGCUUUUCACAGACUAUUUCUUCUCCGUGGUUAGUUAAAAAUUGUUUUCUUCCUUCCCCAAUUCACUUCUUCAGCACCCGCUGAUUUCAUUCAAGUUCUGAUCUCCCUGCUCGCAUUCCGAUUCCCGAUUGCCGGCUGGAAAGAAUGGACAUAUAUUCCGCACCUGGCCAAACUCGGCUUCGUCAUCUCCCAGUACGCCGUGCUCGUCGAAAUGUGCGCCCAACUGCUUCUGUCCGUCAACCGACUCUCCGCCAUUGUCUGGCCAAUCAUCCACAACAAGUUCUGGACGAAGAAGGUGACUCUGCUGCUGUUCGCGUUCGGAAUGCUGCUCGCAAUCAUUCCGACCGCCAGCCGGGCCACUCAACCGGCUGCUUACAUCGACAUCAACGGCAGCUUCGUGCCUCAUCUCGUGAACGAGGGGGACCAGGAGAAGAAUUCGAUCGUCACGUGCUCCAUUUACAGCUUUUUCUGCGGAUCCAGCCUGUUUUGUAAUAUAUCUGCAUGGCUUGUGCACAGAAAACAAAGAAGGAUGCAGGUGAUACUCUUUCUUUCAAUAUUCAUUUCGUUCCUCACAAUUCUCGUUUCAGUUCUUCGACACGCAGCCCAAAUUGGCAUCGACCGUGCAGACGAACCUUCUGAUCUACGCGUGUCUUUCCACUGCGGUCGUCAUUGCCAUGACCUCUUUUCAGGUACCGUCCAGAGUCCGCUCAACAUCUUCCGUGCCCAUCACAUGCUCCUUUCGCGUGCACUUAAUUGUUUGUUUGUUUGCAGUUCUUGCUGGCUCUGCACGUCUUCGACCUCAAAACGGAAGCGCACAAGGUCGUGGUCGUGUCGCUGACGGUGUCGGCCGACGCCUUCGCCCUCUCGAAUCCGUGGCUUCUCUUCUGUCUCUCGAGCACCUUCCGCCACAAAUUCCUCGAGGCGCGCCGCAUCCCGCGCAUCUUCGCCGCGCCCUCCACCAACGAGACUUCUUGA